CAUGUUUCAAGAGAGAAUGAUUACUGACGAUUAUGAAGUCGUAUAUGUGAACGAAUACAUUCCCCAGUAUUUCGGAAAAAAUAUUGGUCAUCCAUACUGCUAUCACAUAUUGAGGUUGUUAGGACAAUAAAAAAACAGAUUAUAAAAUAGUUUUAGAAUUAAAUUUUAUGAGGAUUACAAUACAGUUUUAAUUUUAGAACAGUGGAGUGUUAUUCAGAACCUUUUGAUUAUCAAUAAAUAUAUAUAACACAACAAUAUUAAAUAAAGUUAAGUAAUUUCUGUUAUAUUCAAAAAAAAUUCAAAAUGCCAAACAAUUAUUACUCAUUCAAACAUAGCUAAUUUUUUUUCUGUUGCAACUUCCUAUUACCAACGAUAAAAGAUUGCAUAUAUUUAAUUGCUAGCAAUCAAUAUUAAAGGAAAAUCUCCUAUAAUUAAAAAAAAAAUAUGGGUUACUCAUGGAGAAUUGACUUAAAUAAGUUGAAAAAUAUUGAACGUUAUCUCCAAAAACAACUGCAGCCUCUGAAUAAUUAACUAGUCAAUUUAUUUUCAAUAUAUUUUUUAGGCUUUUUUUUUAGUGAUUCUUAGCUUAGAAGAUCACUGGAUAGAAAAAUUUUUGUUGGCAAACAAGUUUUGAAAUAUUAUUAUAAUUCGUAGGGAAUGUUUUUCAACCCUUUUGGAUUGGAG